AUGACACCUAAAGCAGGUAACAGCGAAACCCCGGUCAAAAGUUGUUCGUUAGAAAAUUUCGAAAACCAAGUCUCCCCGCCACACGGUAGUAAUGUCAGUGCUGAUGACCCUCAGACCUCGCUUGCGCCUACUCAGCGGUCUCCUAAGGACAUUAAUGGUGAGCUGGUGCAGGGAAUUCGCUCUCUUACAAUGGAAAUGUCGGCGAUGCGAGUGGAAAUGUCUCAAUUUAGGGAACAGUUCGAGAGAGUGCUUGGUGCUGUAGAUGCGGCGAACAAACGCAUGGAUGCAAUGGAAAGCAGAAUGGCCAAAUUGGAGGAGCGGCCGUCAGAGUCGCCCGAAUGUGUUAGUGAUUUAAUGGCUACGGUGCAACAGUUAAAGCUAGAUUUAAAUGAUCGCGAGCAGGAUCUCCUCGCCUCAGACGUGGAAAUUGGCGGACUGCCAGAAGUGAAAGGGGAGAACGUUAUCCAUUUAGCCUGUCUGGUUGCAGAGAAACUUGGAAUGAAGCUGGAGCAAACUGAUGUGGUGAGUGCAGAGCGUGUGGGACCGCCCCGACAGUUAGUCGAAGGACACGGUGGGGAAUGCGCUCGCCCGCGAUUGUUAGCUGUGCGCCUUGCACGGCGCGCAUUGUGCGAGAACUUCCUGCGGUCGGCGCGAGUGCGAAGAGGAGCAGACACCGAUGGUUUUGACAUACCUGGCUACCCAUCCCGGAGAUUCUAUGUAAAUGAACGACUCUCGCGCACAAACCGGCAUCUGUUCUAUCUCGCCAGGCAAGAGGGCAGUCGUCUGGGGUGGAAGUUCGUUUGGACACGCGAAGGGCGCAUAUAUGCGCGACGCCGUCCUGAUAGCAACGCAUACCGCAUCAAAACAGAGUCUGACAUAAGAAAGGUUUUUAUAUAA